AUGUCGUUUUCAAACCUUGUUUCUGACCUUGCAUUCAGAGACGCUCAGGAUGACCGAAGUUCUCAAAUAUCCCAUGCACGGUCGCAAGCCACCGCACGAUCAUAUACCAGCACGGCUGCGACCAGCGUUAGCAUAUCUGGUGACAUAUCUAGCCAGCUUCAUUCUGGUUAUAGUCACCCAUUGAGUAGAUCAUGGCAAGCCGAGAAGCAGUUGACCAAGGAGAUGCUCAUCUAUCCCCUAUUCAUUACUGAUAACCCUGACGAAGAGACGCCUAUUCCAUCCCUUCCAAAUCAGUAUCGCCGAGGGUUGAAUCGAUUAGUUCCCUUUUUAAGACCAUUGGUACAGAAAGGACUGCGUUCCGUGAUUCUGUUCGGUGUCCCUUUGCAUCCAUCUGCAAAGGAUGCGCUGGGAACCGCUGCGGAUGAUCCGACCGGUCCGGUAGUUCAGGCCAUCCGCCUUCUUCGUUCGCGCUUUCCUCAACUUUAUAUCGUGACGGAUGUCUGUCUUUGUGAAUACACCUCACAUGGUCAUUGCGGGAUACUACGUGAGGAUGGGACGCUCGAUAACGCACAAUCCGUUGAUCGGAUUUCAGAUGUAGCCCUCGCCUAUGCUGCCGCUGGUGCUCACUGCGUGGCUCCGUCAGAUAUGAACGACGGCAGAGUCCGCGCCAUAAAGCUCAAGCUUAUUGAAGCUGGUAUCGCUCAUCGUGUCCUCCUAAUGUCCUACAGUGCAAAAUUCAGUGGAUGUCUAUAUGGUCCCUUCCGAGAUGCCGCAGGCUCUUGCCCAUCCUUCGGAGACCGCAGGUGUUACCAAUUGCCUCCAGGUGGCCGGGGGCUUGCUCGGCGAGCGAUACAGCGCGAUAUUGGGGAGGGCGCAGACAUAAUAAUGGUGAAGCCCGCUAGUAGCUAUCUGGAUAUCAUACGGGAUGCGAAGGAGCUUGCCAAAGACAUGCCAGUUGCCGCGUACCAAGUUAGCGGAGAGUAUGCCAUGAUACAUGCAGGGGCCAAGGCUGGCGUUUUCGAUCUGAAAUCAAUGGCUUUCGAGAGCACAGAGGGUAUACUACGGGCAGGAGCUGGUAUCAUUGUGAGCUAUUUUGUGCCCGACUUUCUGGAUUGGCUUUCUUAA